UAUUAUCCAAUGCAAUUGUACAAUACAUAACUCUCAGACAGCAACAGAUUCAAAGAUAUUAAUCGCCGACCUCAACGCAUAAAACACCCUCUUUCUCUCUCUAAAAAGGGGUUCUACUGAGAGAAAAUCAACCGACUCUGAUCAGAUGGAUCGGGCUCCGGCAGCAGCGGGUAUGGAUAUGCCGAUUAUGCACGACAGUGAUAGAUACGACUUGGUUAAAGAUAUCGGGUCGGGUAAUUUCGGGAUUGCGAGGCUCAUGAGAGAUAAACAAACCAAGGAGUUAGUUGCUGUGAAGUACAUCGAACGAGGCGAUAAGAUAGAUGAAAAUGUUCAAAGGGAAAUCAUCAAUCAUAGGUCUCUCAGGCAUCCGAACAUUGUUAGGUUUAAAGAGGUCAUAUUGACACCUACUCAUUUGGCUAUUGUCAUGGAGUAUGCAUCUGGAGGAGAGCUUUUUGAGAGAAUCUGCAAUGCUGGUCGAUUUAGGGAGGACGAGGCUCGCUUUUUCUUUCAACAACUUAUCUCUGGAGUCAGCUAUUGUCAUGCUAUGCAAAUAUGUCAUCGAGACUUGAAGCUUGAGAACACAUUGUUGGAUGGAAGUGUGGCUCCACGACUUAAGAUAUGCGAUUUUGGGUAUUCCAAGUCUUCUGUGCUGCACUCACAACCUAAAUCAACAGUGGGAACACCUGCAUAUAUUGCUCCUGAAGUAUUACUUAGACAGGAAUAUGAUGGCAAGAUUGCUGAUGUAUGGUCCUGUGGGGUGACAUUGUAUGUUAUGCUGGUCGGGGCCUAUCCAUUUGAGGACCCCGAUGAACCAAAAGACUUUCGAAAGACAAUACAGCGAAUUUUGAAUGUCCAGUACUGCAUUCCAGAGAACAUUGAAAUAUCGCCCGAGUGUCGUCACCUGAUUUCCAGAAUCUUUGUUGCAGACCCUGCUAUGAGAAUAAGCAUGCCUGAAAUCAGGAACCAUGAGUGGUUUUUAAAGAACCUUCCUGCAGAUCUGAUGGAUGAGAAGAUGAUAAGUGACCAGUUUGAGGAGCCUGAGCAACCCAUGCAGAGCAUUGAUGUGAUCAUGCAGAUAAUCUCCGAGGCAACCGUACCACCACCUGGCUUGUAUGACAUGGAAAUGGACGAUUACCUGGAUGACUUGGACUCUGAUCCUGAUAGCCUUGAUAUUGAUAGCAGUGGAGAAAUCAUAUAUGCACUUUGAAUACAUUUCGGACCGGUAAAAAUGGAAAAAGAAACAAAGGGAACGUAGCAACCAAGAAAAAAUCAUGCGGCAUAAUAUCAGAAAUCUAGCUACAGAUGGAUAUGUGAUGAAUUAUGUUAGAUAUAUUAGCAUAGGAGUAGAUCGUGGACGUGCAUAAUCUGCACCCUUAGACACCCUGUUGUAGGGAAGAAUGUCAAACUUCAUUGCUUUAAUGGGGUUGUUGGCUGAUGGGUGAUGAACUUUAAAGUUACAGUUUCAGGGUGCUCAAGUCGUGCUUCUUGCAACAAUGUACACUUAUCUUUGUAACCUCCCUCUUUGUAUCAGUUUUGUAUCAGAGGUCUGUUCCCUGUUAUAUUUAUGCUUCCUUCCCCUGUUGGUGUAUAUAAAAAGAUCACCUUUGUAUUAUGUUUUGUUGCACUGUGGGAGAAUUUGUCAAUGUUUGCAAA